UUGGUUACUUGAACAAUUGCUUAUAUUAUUUGUGUCUCGUAUAUUUUUUACUAUCUACCGAAUUAAAUAUAUGAAUCACUAGCCUGUAUACAAUUAAUUUUAAAUUGUUAAUUUAAAUAAUUAUUUUUAAAGUUUAUCACUUAAACAUGCAGGACCCUAAUGAGGAUACCGAAUGGAAUGAUGUGCUCCGUGCAAAAGGCAUUCUUGAACCGAAGCAAAAAGAAGCUGAAAUCACAGAGGAGCAAAUCCAAGAGAUGAUGGACGAUGCCAUAAACAGGCGAACCGAUUUAAGGAGUGGGGAAAAUGGUUGUUCAAAGAAAAUUGACGAAAUGUCUUUGGAUGAGUUAGAUGAACUGGAAGAUUCCGAAGACGAAGAGGUAUUAGAACAAUACCGCCAGCGACGGAUAGCAGAAAUGAGGGCAUUUGCCGAGAAAGAAAAAUUUGGAACAGUGCGGGAAAUAUCUGGACAAGAUUAUGUAAGCGAGGUGACAAAAGCGGGUGAUGGCAUUUGGGUAGUGAUCCAUCUUUAUGCAAAUGGUGUACCCCUUUGCUCUCUUAUUCAUCACCACAUGCAACAGUUGGCUGCAAAAUUUCCGCAAACGAAAUUCUUACGUUCCAUUGCAACCACUUGCAUACCUAACUUUCCUGAAAAAAACUUACCGACAAUUUUUAUUUAUAACGAAGGCCAAUUAAAGAAACAAUAUAUUGGACCACUGGAGUUGAGAGGCGAGAAACUUACGCUCGAUGAAUUAGAGUUUCUACUGGGAAAAUCCGGUGCAAUUUCUACAGAAAUAAAAGAAGAUCCAAGACCGCAAAUUCGGGAUAAAAUGUUGUCCGAUUUGGAAAGCCAAAAUAUUGAUUUUUAUUAAUCAAAUUUGUUUUUAAAUUUUUUUAUUAGACAAGAAAUUUAUGUAAUUAUUAGAAG